GUCUGAGAAGCGGUGUGGUUGAGUGCUGACGUGGUGUGCUGACGGUACUAACGAAUAGAAAACGAGCCUAUAGCGAACCCUAAGAGUAAUACGAAGCCCAAACCAGUCUCGUAAAACACUCAAGAAGAAUAUAACGAAGCCUAAUUUUUAUGCGACGCCAAACCAGCCUUAUAAAACACGAAAGAAGAGGAGUAGGCCUAUAACGAAGCCUAAUUUUACUACGGAGCCAAACCAGCCUCCUAAAACAUUAAAAAAGAGGAGUAUAACGAAGCCUAAUUUUGAUACGAAGCCACAGCCUCAUAAGUUUUUAGUCAACACGGCGUUUAUUGUACGUAACUUGUUUUAUAUAUUAUUCACUGUUUUACCUGUUUUUAGUGAUGCCUGACCUGAAGUAUAUAAUUAAUUGAUACGCUUACGUCUUUGGUAACUAAAAAUAAAUAACUGCGAAUAUAUAUUAAAAAAAACCGUGAUAAUUGAACGUACAUCCACAACACACACGAACUAAUGGAUUUCUGAGUCUUCGAUAACUGAAAACAACGAAUAUAAAACCACAACAAGAAAACCAAGCAAAAAGAAAAACAACAACACAACAAGACGAAGAAAGACUAAAAACAAGUUACAACACGUCGGAAGCACGAAUCCACAAACAACAACAAUAACAACAACACCAAACGUACGAUAAUCAAAAGCCACCCGUACGAUGCCUUGCCACGAGGUCGAAAUUGCCGUGUUCCCUCCGGCGUACUCGGCUGAGGAGAAGGAGGAUGAGAAAGUGGAGGAGGAGGUGAAGCAGGAGGUGGAGGACCCGAGGGUGAAGAGACUGACGCUGAGGAAGAAAAGGAACCCGGACCCCAAUGACCCUACCAGGUUCGAGGAUGGCACACUUCGGCUCCGCAACCCGCACAUCGCCGAGAUGGAGCAGGACAUCCUCUACCACCUGGCCCUGGGCUCCGGCUCCCACGACCUGCAGGAAAUGUUCAGCGACGUGCGUUUCGUGUGCAUGGGGGGGACGCCUAAGCGGAUGGAGAGCUUCGCCAACUUCCUCAUGGACGAGAUCGGAUACAAGCUGCCCGCCGGGACCACGCUCCUAGACAUCUCCUUCCAGUCCUACAGAUACUCCAUGUACAAGGUCGGCCCGGUGCUGUGUUUCUCUCACGGCAUGGGCAUCCCCUCGGUGGGCAUCCUACUGCACGAGGUCAUCAAGCUUAUGUACCACGCGCGCUGCCGUGACCCAAUCUUCUUCAGGCUCGGGACCUGCGGCGGCAUUGGCAUCGAGGGCGGAAACCUGGUGAUCACGGAGAGCGCGGUGGACGGCCUCAUGCAGCCCUUCCUUGAGCUGCCAGUGUUGGGCAAGAUGCAGAAGCGGCCCGCCCUGCUGGACCGCCAGUUGGCCCACGACCUGAAGAACCUGCGCGGCGACGACGACCCCUUCUCCGUGACCGUGGGCAAGACCAUGUGCACCUACGACUUCUACGAAGGUCAGGGGAGACUGGACGGCGCCUUCUGCGACUACACCGAGGCGGACAAACUGGCCUUCCUGCAGCGCAUUCACGAGGCCAACGUGGUCAACAUGGAGAUGGAGAGCCUCUGCUUCGCCGCCCUCUGCCACCACGCCGGCAUACGCGGGGCCGUCAUCUGCGUCACGCUCCUCAACAGACUGCACGGUGACCAGGUAUCCACGCCCAAGGAGACUCUGAACAAAUGGCAGGAGUACCCUCAGAUGCUGGUGGCCCGCUACAUCAAGAAGGCGAUGGGUCUGCCCGUGGCCAUCCCGCAGCGCAGCCACCCGCAGGUAGUCAAGUGCCCUAAACACGCCCAGAUGGCUUAAGGGGAGAGAGAGAAGGUGUCUGACUGUGGAAGGAUGGAAAGUGUGGAGGGAGAACACUGACCCGAGGAAAGGAAAGAACGGAGAACAGAUAAACAGAUAAUGAGGAAAAGAAAACGGGAGAAGGAGAAACAAAGGAGAGGAAGAACGGAAAAAACGAUGAACAGAUAAACAGAUGAUGAGGAAAAGAAUGAGGGAGGAGGAGAAACGAAGGAGAGGAAGAGCAACCGAGGAAAGGAAAGAACGGUGAACAGAUAAACAGAUGAUGAGGAAAAGAAGGAGGGAGGAGGAGAAACGAAGGAGAGGAAGCGCAACCGAGGAGAGGAAAGGAAAGAACGGUGAACAGAUAAACAGAUGAUGAGGAAAAGGGAGGAGGAGAAACAAAGGAGAGGAAAAGCAAACUCUGGAGAAAACAAAGACAAAGGAAAAAUAAAGAAAACAAUGAGAAAGGAGAGGGAGAGGAAGAAAAUAAACAAAAGAAGACUAGGAAGAAGACAAUUAUGGAGAAAACAAUGAACGACGGACAGAAAAACAGAGAGAAAGGGGGGAGAGGAGGAGAGGAAUUAAAGGUGAGGAGAUAAUACUUUGGGGAGAUAAAAAAAAAAGAAGGGAGUUUAGACAUGCACGCCCGCCCGCCCGCACGCAUGCAAUGGGGUACAAGCAUGGAGGUAGAAUUGGUGGAGUCGACAUCAACCCAAUUAAGUGAAUCCGCCCGAGCUGUCAUCUUUACGGCCAGAUGUCAGGUGUUGUUAGGUCAGGCUCCCUCACCCCCAUCUUUUGGCCGUAAAUUUGACAGUUCGUCGGCUUCACCUCAAUGAAUGGGAUUAGCGAGCCGUGUCGACUCCACCAAUUCUACCUCCAUGGGUACAAGCUUGUCUGCCCAACGUUGCCAGAUUGUCGUACUCAGCCGCUUAUAUUUCCCGACUUCCUACACCAAAACUGCCUUCUGGGCUCCAAUAACGAUACUCAUUUAUAGUUCUCGUUAAAAGACAAAAAGAGUUAGAUCCUGAUGUUUCUUGGCAAUAGUUAGGCGUCAGAAAUCGGUAAAUACUAUGGUCUGAGUACGAUAAUCUCUCCAACAUCACUCCCCAUCUUCCUUUUCCUCCCCCCAUCAACCACCCUCUCCCCUUCUCCCUUUUCUCCUCCCCAUCACCUCCACAUCUUCCCUCUCUUAAACUGUCACCUCCUCCCCAUUUAUGUAUCCUCCCCUCUCCCCCUCCCCCCCCUCUUCCCCCCACCCCGGCUGAAGAAAUGAAGAAGAGGAGGAGGAAGAAGAGGAAGAGGAAGACACGAGGAGGAGGAGGAGGAGGAGGAAGACGAGGAGGUGAAUCAGUAAGUCUCAUUAUUAUUAUUAUUAUUAUUAUUAUUAUUAUUAUUAUUAUUAUUAUUAUUAGUGUUGUCAUUGUGGUUACUUUUAUUGUGGACACGCGUGACAUAUCCAACAGGUGUUUGUUUUAUUUAAUUUUUAAGGUAUAUGUUAGUUCAUUUAUAUUUGACUCCACUUUUUAUUUCUCCUUCCUUUUUUUCAUCUCCAUCUAAACAUUUUCACUUAUUCAUUCGUCUUCCCUCUCAUUAUGCAUUUUCCUUCACUAUUUUUCCUUUCAUUAUCAAUAUUUACCGUCCCCCUUUUUUUCCUUCACUUUUAUCACGUUUUUUUUAUUUAUCUCCAUCUAAACAUUUUCACUUAUUCAUUCGUCUUCCCUCACAUUAUGCAUUUUCCUUCACUAUUUUUCUUUUCAUUAUCAAUAUUUACCGUCCUUUCAUCUCUCCUUCCUUUCUUUCACUUUUUUUAUUUAUCUCCAUCUUCAUUAUCAUUCAUUCAUUAGUCUUCCCUAUAUUAUGCAUUUUCCUUCACUAUUUAUCUUUUCAUCAUUAAUAUCUGACUCGCUUUCUAUAUCUCCUUUCCCUUUUUUUUUAUUCAUCUCCGUCUUCAACAUUAUUCAUUCAUUAGUCUUCCCUAUAUUAUGCAUUUUCCUUCACUAUUUAUCUUUUCAUCAUUAAUAUCUGACUCGCUUUUCAUCUCUCCUUUCACUUUUUUUAUUCAUCUCCGUCUUCAUUAUUAUUCAUUCAUUAGUCUUCCCUAUAUUAUGCAUUUUCCUUCACUAUUCAUCUUUUCAUCAUUAAUAUUUGACUCGCUUUUCAUCUCUCCUUUCACUUUUUUUAUUCAUCUCCGUCUUCAUUAUUAUUCAUUCAUUAGUCUUCCCUAUAUUAUGCAUUUUUCUUCACUAUUCAUCUUUUCAUCAUUAAUAUCUGACUCGCUUUCUAUAUCUCCUUUCACUUUUUUUCAUUCAUCUCCGUCUUCAUUAUUAUUCAUUCAUUAGUCUUCCCUAUAUUAUGCAUUUUUCUUCACUAAUUAUCUUUUCAUCAUUAAUAUUUGAUUCGCUUUCUAUAUCUCCUUUCCCUUUUUAUUAUUCAUCUCUCUUCAUUAUUAUUGAUUUAUUCGUCUUCCCUAUAUUAUGCAUUUUCCUUCACUAUUUAUCUUUUCAUCAUUAAUAUUUGACUCGCUUUUCAUCUCUCCUUUCACUUUUUUUAUUCAUCUCCAUCUUCAUUAUUAUUCAUUCAUUAGUCUUCCCUAUAUUAUGCAUUUUUCUUCACUGUUUAUCUUUUCUUCAGUUUUCCAUCAUUUCACUACUACUACUACUACUACUACUACUACUACUACUACUACUACUAUUACUAUAUUCUACCUUUAUAUUGCAAGGACUACAAAAACAAGAAUCUGAUCAAAAAAAGUAAGGUAUCGGGGCUCAAACCUGUUACACACAUAUUUGUUAAGAGAUUAUUAAUAUUUUUUUUAGCCAUAUAUAUAAGUUUUGUACGUAGAGUCUCUUCACUGUUCGAGUAUGUUAACACGUUUAUUAUUAUUAUUAUUAUUAUUAUUUGUAUUUUUCAUGUGUUAGUUUCCGAUGUUCAUUUGUGACGUCACUAUCUUACAUAUCUCUCAAACGUAUCGCCACUUAAAGGGUAUAAGGCAAACUUAAAAUUAUAUAAAUAACUUGUUACCUGCUCUAUUAACUCUACUGACUAGGCUACCUGAAGAUAUUUUUAGUCGUGCAACAGUGAAAUAAGUAAUCUCUCAAUAUAUGUUUUUUAGAUAGCGUAAGUCUUAGGCCGAGAACGCCAUAUUUUCCUAUCUAUUAUCAUCUCAUUCCAAACAGUAUUACUAAAUUGUCUUUCUAAGUUUCUAAGGUAUUGGAGAUUUUAUUAUUUAACAUUUACGGGUUUUUAAAAAGUGUGUGUGGAGGCGUGUCUUGCCAAAUUACGGUGUAUUGUGAAAGAUAUUCCUGUUUUUAUUGUUAACAUUGUCCACUUCAGCGAGUUAGGUUUUGUUAGGAUUAUUUGUGAGAUGAUACCGUGACUGUUGUUCUCGGUUAUAUAGAUGGCAGACAUUCUAUAUCAUAAGGCUCACAUUCUCAGACAUUUCGGAGCUCACACGCCCACAUUCGAUAAGGCUUUUGUAGAGGCUGUGGGCAUUUCCAUGGGUAGUUUUAUGAGCCUAGUGAUAGUUUGAUAAGGCUUCUGCUUACACACCCACGUUAAAUUUUGAUAAGGCCUUCUUCGGGGUUGUUGUGGGUAGUUCCAUGGGUAGUUUUAUGAGCCUAGUGAUAGUUUGACAAGGCUUCUGCACCAUGAACGUGAAGAAAACACUAAAAAAAAAAAAGCCCAACUAAUAUUUCUUAAACAUUUCGGAGCUCACACACUCACAUUCGAUAAGGCUUUUGUAGAGGCUGCGGGCAUUUCCAUGAGUGGUUUUAUGACCCUAGUGAUAGUUUAACAAGGCCUCUGCACCAUUAACGUAAAGAAAACAUUAAAACCCGACUAAUCUCCUUUGUGUGGUCUUUGGAAAUACUUGUGAAAGCCGAAAGCGUCUGAGAAUCCUACGGGCCGAAAUCUGAAAAAUAUAGAUGACAGUCACUCUUAAGAUCGUGUACAAACUGAUAUUGUGUCUAUAACGUAACCAUUCUUUCGUCAGCCAUUCGUCACCAUACGGAGAGGCCAAGGAACAUGUAUAAAAAAAAGAUAUUGUGUAUUGUUAUAGUUCCAGAUACUUUGUUUUAUGCGACGGGUAAAAUCAGGUCAAAUAUUAGGGCAAUGGUUAUCUAAUUCGUCCAUAUCUAUCGGGGUAACUAAUUCUGUCUACUUAUGAUGGAAGUAGGAAAAGGGUAAAUCGGGUAGCCUAUUAUGUGUUUUGUAUACGUCCAUCAAUGUUACCACACUGUCCACGCUAACUAUGAACACAAGCCCCGCCCACACCAGCGUCCACCAAUCACAUGCGGGCUGAGUUGCAGAGUGGGCGUGGCUUGCAUGCGAACUGGCCAAUGACGUGCACGCAAUAGAGAAAAGAGGAGGGGCUAAUGUGCCGAGUUAGCGUGAAUAGGCUAUAUAAACGCCCCCAACCAUACCAACAAAUCUUAGUGCCUAUUUAACACUGUGAUAGGAUUCAGAAUAUAGUUAAAGAACCUUCGAUUGUCAUAUAGGAGCUUUGAUCGUUUUAUAUAAUCCACGAUCGCUUUGUAGAGUAUUCCAUCACCUAGUAUAAACCCUGAUCGCUUUUUAUGGUAUCCGAUCGCCUUUUAGAACUCGGUCGAUUUCUAUAGCUCACGAUUAUUUUGUAGGGUAUUCCAUUCCCUUAUAUAACCCACGAUCGCUUCUUAGGGUAUUCGAUCACCUAUAGGACCCACGCUCGCCUUACAACACCCUUCAGUCGCCUUAGAGGAGCUUCCGAUUGUCUUAUAUGGUACUAGAUCGCCUUGCCUUCCGUCACACGCCUCUUUAUCCACUUAUUUGAUCCUCUCUUCCACAUGUGUAGAGAAGAAAGGGAAGGUCGUGAUAUAUAACUCUUAGUGAAGGAACUGUGCAGAGGAGUGAUUAGACGCACAUCCUGGUGAAUAAAUAAGAAAUGUAAAGAAUUAUGUCUCUUUUAGCUUCUAGAUUACGGAGGAUCGAAUAUAAGCUUGUACAAUGCCCUUUAAUUGUUCCUCCUGGUUAAAGAGAUGAGACGAGGCAGCCAUAUAGGUUUUAAGUGGGCAGUUUUGCAGACAAGGAAAGAUGGAAAAGAAAUAAAAGGAAGCUGUGAAUUAACGAAUGUAUAAAAAAAAGUGUCGUACGAGAGAAAGGAAAGAAAACUGAGCAUGUAAACAAGAAAAUAAGGAAAGAAAACACGAGAGAAUGUAUAAAAAAUGUCGUACGAGGAAAAGGAAAGGAAACUGAGCAUGUAAACAAGAAAACAAGGAAAGAAAACACGAGAGAAUGAUAAAAAGUGUCGUACGAGAGAAAGGAAAGGAAACUGAACAUGUAAACAAGAAAAUAAGGAAAGAAAACACGAGAGGAGAAAAGAAUAUUGUAAAUGUGCGCCGAGAAAAGAAAGGAACUGAAACUAUGUUACUGGGAAAAGCAAGGAAAGAAAUGUUUAUAUGCACGAGAAGAGAAAGGGAUAGAAACUGUGUGCACAAGAAAUAAAAGGAAGAGAAAUUUGGAAGAGAAAGUAGACUGUGUAAAACGGAAGAGGGAGAGAAAAAUGAGAAACCGUGUACCUAUGACAAGAACAAGAAAAAGGACAUUGUGGACACUAGAAAAGAAAGGAGAGGUAAGGAAACGAAAUAAAAGAAGAGGAAGGAAGGAAAACUACACAUGGGAAGGAAAAAAGAAGAAAAAACCGUAGAGAAGGACAGAAAACGGACAUUGUGGACACUAGAAAAGAAAGGAAAGGUGAGGAAACGAAAAAAAGAAAAGGAAGGAAGGAAAAAAACGAAGAAACCCUACAUAAGAAGGAAAGGAUAAAAGGAUAUAUGGAAGAUAAUAUUAAAUGCUGUUGAAAUUUUAAUACUUCUCUUCGAUAGGAUAUUUUUUUUGUAGGAUAUACGAUAGAGGAUUCGCUUUCAGGAUGAAAUGGCAAGGAUAUUAUGAUCACAGAAAAGCCAUGAAGACUGUCUGAGUGUUGUAAAGGAAUUAGAAUGCAUUUUGAGAGGAUUGUUUUAAGGGUAGGAUAUUAUAUAGGAUUCGCCUUUAGGAUGAAACGGCAAGGAUUCAAGACAACAAAGAAACAUGGAUAGCGUCUGAAUGCGAGAUAGAUCCUUUUAAAACUGGACUAGAUGCUUAUAAAGGAAUUAGAAAGUACUUGGAUAGGAUAUAAAAACAGGAUAUAGGAUUUACUUACAGAUAUGGAGGAUUGAAGGAACAUGGACAGUGUCUGAAUGCAAGCUAGAUAGACUGAAUGCUUUUGAAGGAGUCACAAUGCGCUCAGAUAGGAUGGAAUGCUUUUAAAAUCGGAUAGAAUGCUUUAACGACAAGACAAAAUAGGAGUUAUGUACGAGGACGCAAGUUUGACGCCCCCUCUCCUGCCCUAGUGAUAUUAUUAACAUGUGAUAGCCGGGUGAGAGUUGCCCGCUGUAUACUCAUGUUGACUAUUAUGUGAUAUCUCCGUCUGUCUGUUCCGUAAUAAAGAUAUGAAGUUA